CCAUAUCGCGCCAAAUUGUAUUUUACUGCGCGGUUUAGGUUUCAUGUGGUGCGUUUUGGUUUUAGGUGGACCGUGAACACCCCUACGGCGCAUGCCAGUACACUCACUCCGUCACUCGCAACCAUUAUCACCACCAGAAUUCUCUCUCUUUCUCUCUCCUCCAUUCCUUCUUCCUCUUCUUCUUCAUCAAUGGAGAAACUAUGGCGACCUGCAACUCGCUCCCUCGACACCCACCUCAAAUCCAUCUUUCUCUCUCCUCCUAAACCCUCUCCUUCCGCCAUCUUCGCCGCUGCCUCCUCCUCUUCUACUCGCACUCUCACAACCUUCUCUUCCUUGUCUCUCUUUCUCUCUCCUCCUUCGAAUUUCUCUCCCUCCAAAACCCUAAUUCCCCCAAAACCCUCUUCCUCUUUACUCCUAUUUUGCUGGGAUUUUCGCUGUUACUCCUCUGUUUCGCCUUUGGAUACCAAUAAAUUUGAGUGGAAUGAGCCAAUUUCGUGUUCUGAGGUUGGUGAUGCUGUUUCUUUCGAUGAUACUGAUGAUAAUGGUGAUGUUGAUACUCGCCCUGCUAUUCCUGUUCGCGCCUUUUUCUUCUCUACCAGUGUGGACUUGAAGAGCUUGGUGGAACUGAACAAGCAUAAUUUCAUCCCGCCUUCAUCAAGGAUGACUAACUAUGUUGUUUUGAAGUUUGGAAACCUUAAGCCUGAACCAAAUGGUGUGGGUGCUACCUUAAGUGGAAGUGAUUGUGGCUACAUGGUGGUUUUCCAGUAUGGCUCAAUUGUCUUGUUCAAUGUUCGUGAUCACGAAGUUGACGGCUACUUGAAAAUUGUGGAAAGACAUGCCUCUGGCUUGCUUCCUGAAAUGAGAAAGGAUGAAUAUGAAGUAAGAGAAAAACCAACUCUAAGUACAUGGAUGCAAGCUGGUCUUGAUCGCAUAAUGCUGCAGUACUUGAAUAUUGAUGGUAUUCGUACCAUAGGUAGUGUGCUUGGUCAAAGUAUUGCGCUUGAUUACUAUGUCCGUCAGGUUGAUGGAAUGGUUGCAGAGUUCACUGACAUAAACCGUGCAAUGGAAAAAACUGGGACUUUUACUAUGGAAAGAAAGAAGCUCUUUCAGUUAGUUGGGAAAGCAAACUCUAAUCUAGCAGAUGUGAUUCUUAAGCUUGGUCUUUUUGAAAGAUCAGAUAUUGCUUGGAAAGAUGCCAAAUAUGCUCAAAUCUGGGAAUAUCUUCGGGAUGAAUUUGAGUUGACGCAGAGAUUUGCCAGUCUUGAUUUCAAAUUGAAGUUUGUGGAGCAUAAUAUUAGAUUCCUACAGGAAAUUUUGCAGAACAGGAAGUCAGAUUUCCUUGAAUGGCUCAUCAUCAUAUUGAUUGGUGCUGAAAUUCUCAUAUCUGUAUAUGACAUUGCUCAUAAGUCUCUAUAACCUCACUCUAGCCCUUGCUCGACAUCCAUUCACCGGGGUGGUGGCAUAGGCUUUCCUUCAUAGACGGUCAAUGCCAUAAAAUUUUUGCUCUCAACUGUACAUCUGCUGCUAGCUUGCUAGGUUGUUAAUCAGACAACGAUUUUCCUAUAGCUGUUUGUAAAUCCUACAGUUCACUGUCAUAGUCUGCUAGGUCCAUAAAACUUUGGCUUAUUUUCUAUCUUUCCACUGCUAUAUUGGGAUAAUCAUAAAGGAAAUUUGAUUGUUCGAGAUUAUAUUCUUUAUAUCUAGUGUAAUUUCUACUGUUCUA